UACCAUACUGUGCGCCACCUUAAAAUCAGUGCACAAUCGCCAGUAGUUUGAAAACAAAAAAUUAAAGCCUACAUAAUCAUGUCCAGCGGAUUUGUGCGCAGCAGCUACAAAUUGUUCGUAGGCAACCUGCCGUGGACGAUAGGCAGCAAGGAACUGCGAACCUACUUCUCGAAAUACGGGCACGUGGCCAACGCGGAGGUGGUCUUCGACCGGCAACUGGGUCUGUCCAAGCACUAUGGCUUCGUGGUGUUCAGCCAGCGGGAUGCCUUCAACAGCGCCAGCAACCAGAACACCCACUUCCUGGAGGGACGAGUCCUUACAGUGCAGCAGGCCAAUGAAAGCCCCCAGAGCUAAUAGAUGAUGAAUUUAUUGAUUUAUUGGUUAUACCAAAAGAAAAGCAUGAGAAAUGGCUGUCGAGCAGCUUAGUUGUACAGAAAUGAAUGCAGCACUUGUUUCAAA